AUGUUCUAUCUUGAUCCGCCUGUCCGGUUGACUGCCAAAGCAUUCGCCUCCUUGCCAGACAAAUGGGCUAUACCUCAGGAAACCGGAUGGGCCAACCACAUCCUCGGCGGCAAAAUCAUUAGCAGCUUCUUAGAAGGUCCAUGUUUCGACUCAGCAGGAAAUAUAUAUGUGGUCGAUAUACCGUUCGGAAGAAUAUUUCGCAUUGCUCCUGAUAAGACCUGGUCUCUUUUUGCGGAAUACGAUGGUUGGCCGAACGGCUUGAAAAUCACGUCUGAUGGACGGAUUUUGGUAGCAGAUCAUCGUCAAGGGUUAGUUGAGAUCACUGACUCGGGGAAAGCUCUUGUAUUGGUCUCCGGGUAUAGAGGUGAAAGGUUUCGAGGACUCAAUGACCUUACUAUCGGACCGAAUGGUUGGAUCUACUUUACCGAUCAAGGACAAUCAGGACUUCAAGAGCCCGGUGGUUAUGUCUAUCGAUAUCACCUAAAUUCGAAAAUACUUGAGAGGGUCCUCUCUAACAUCCCCAGCCCUAAUGGGCUCGUCCUGAGCAUCGACACUACACGUUUGUUUGUCGCGGUGACGCGCGCCAAUGCAAUAUGGCGUGUACCCUUUGUUCUUGAUGGCGGAGUCAGCAAAGUUGGAGUAUUUCUCAAUCUUUCCGGGGGUGGAGGCCCCGACGGUCUCGCAGUUGAUGCAGAAGGGGGUUUGAUUGUUGCGCAACCGGGCUUGGGAGUCCUGCGUUUCGACGCAGCAGGUGUGUUGACACACUUUGUCCAGCUUCCACGGAACUCUGCUCCUUCUAAUAUUGCCUUUGAUCCUCAUGAGAGGCAUCGAAUGGUAAUCACUGAUAGUGCAAAUGGUAUCAUCUACGAAGUGAUUAUGCCAGUCCCAGGCUAUCUUUUGGAACAGCUGACUCGGAUCCAUUCCACAUUAUAA